AUUUUUUUUUCUUUUUUUCUUUUUUUGUUUUCAUAUUAUUAGCAUUAUUAUCAACGAUAUAUAGAUAAUAUAUAUUUAUAUAUAUAUUUAUAUGCCAUCAACAGCUACUUUAUCUACAACAUUUGACCAUAUGGUAGUAUCACCAGUCAAUUCAGAUUGGGUAUUUAAUGGUCAUAAUGGAAUCUCACCUUCACUGGGAAAUUACGACGAUGAUUUAAUGGGACAAGAAGAACAUGCUAGUCUUCCACCAAUAACAAUACAAUCAACUUCUAUUAUAUCACGAGAACCUUAUACUGUUCCUACUAGUAGUUACAAUCCAACAGUGGACACUAUUACUUCUUUACUUUCAGUUGACCGACAACAGCAACAACAACAACAACAACAAGAAGAAGAAUAUGAAGAUGAUUAUCAAGAACAGCCACAUUAUCAUCGUAUUUAUCAUUAUAUCCCUCAAUCUACAAGUCCUCCAUCUUCACCACCUCUUUGGUUAGGAUCAUCCAAUACGACUGAUCAUCUGAAAUUAUCAACCAGUAGUGAUCAUUUGCCAACUUUUGAUUCUUAUUAUCCAUUACAAUUCAAGAUUAUAUCUCAUGAUGGUGGUUGUUAUAGUUCCAAUUAUGAUAUUCAAAAUGUUUUAAGAAAUGAUCCUUCGGUUUAUUGUUCAGGUAGAACGGGGACAGUCAAUAUAUCUUUACGGUAUUUAGGUGGACGGAAUUUGAUGGAUACAAAUUGUGUAUUGACAAAAAUCAUCAUCAGGUCACCUCUACAAGGUUUUACUGCUCCUUGUAAAGAAGGUUUGAUCUUUAUUUCACAUUACCCUAUCGAUGUUGAAAAAACACGCCGAUUCGAUGGAUUCACCAAAACGGAUUAUGAUCAAUAUUCAAGUGCCGCGGCUGUAGUGGAUAGGGAUGAUCACGAUCCCAUUGCAUGGUUCAGUGCUUCUCAUCGUCAACGACCACAAGAAACUAUUCAUAUCAAUCAUAGAUCAGGGAAAUACAUCCUCAUCAAGUUGUUACGAUCUGAAAGAGAACAAGAUAAUAUCGACCUACAAUAUAUUGGAUUCAUAGGUUACUCUGGUCCUAGGUCUUUUGCAAGUCCACCUAUUUUAUAUUAGUUAUCUAAAUCAUCAUUUGUUGAUAGUCACAUUACAUCAUAUACAAUCAAUCAUAAGCAUAAUCAUCACCACCAAUAAUAAAAAUAAAAAGUCCAUAUGA